GUUUGUGUGUUAAGAAAUGCUGCGUAAACACCAUCGCCUCGGCCUGUGUGGCUGGAUACGCACUGCCUCGCUCAUACAACAGUAGGCUUACCUCCUACACCGUACAACAUGUCUGAUGAUGAAGAAAUAAGCGAGACAGAACUCUUUGUUAACAACAAAGGGCAGCCAAUACAGUUCUCAAUAAAGAUUUGCGAGGAAAAGGCAAGGCUUGAGGAGCUGAUCAAGCAAGGUGCUGGUGAACUGACUUCGAAAGUCACUGGUCCUCACACUAUCCGCCUGAUACCAGAAGAGGAGAAUGUUGUCGGCUCGCAUGGUGACUCCUUCCGGAGCAAGUACAUAUUUGACUGUGUACAGCAGGGAAGAUUAUUGCCAUUGGAAAACUAUAGGGCAUUCAAGAAGUCCAGGUUUACUGAUAAGAUCAGCGUAAUGGACAUCAUGAUGGGCAUUCAUUCAUGGGAUGAGUGCGAGCGCUCUGGAGAGAAGGAGGAACAAAUUAUGGGUGAUUUUAGCAUUGGUGAUUCAAGUGGCAAUAAUAAUCAACAUCCAGAACGACAAAAAAGGUUUGCUUGCUUCAGCAAACGUAAUUAUACUUUCAAAGAGCAGCAGGCUAUUCUCGACUACAUUGUCAAGGAGAAGAAAUAUGGUGAAGUUAAAGGUAUAUCACUAUGGAGGCACAUGGAACAAAUAGGGGUGUGCCCAGGACGAUCGCAUCAAUCUAUGAAGGAACACUUUAUAAAAAAAAUCAUCCAUAAUUUAAAUCUAUUUAAAUUACCCGUCAAGGUGAAAACUCGAUUAUAUCGUCGGUUCUCAAGUAAAAAUGUACAACAUUCAUCUCGUGUGGAGGAUGAAACGACAAGUGACGAGAGUACCGAUACAGAAGAACCAAGAACUCGACAAAAGUGUGCAGACACAAUUGAACAAACUGAAACCCGACUAAACAGCAGUGAAGAUAUAUUUGAUAUUUCUAAUGAGAAUGAAGACAUACGCAAAGUUGUGGACUCUGAAAAGCAAGUAGAAAUUAAGGAUCAGGCUACAAAAGAAUCUCAGGUUAUUGAAAAGGAAUCAUUGGACUAUGAAUGGCGAAACAGACACACGGCGGGUCCUAGUGGGCUAAGCAAGCAAUUGCUCAUUGAAAGGAAACGAGUAGAUCCGGAAACCAUUGGGCUGAUUAACAAACAAAGAGGAAAAGAAAAUGAGCUUGUAAGCAGUCAUACUGACAAGAUUAACCCAAUUGUCAGAACAAGCAGGGAUAGUUCAGCUGAACAGCUGACUGAGGAAGAAUCAGAGCUGCAUAGUGAGCACUCUUGCAAAGGGAAGCUAAUCCAAGCAGAAGACAAUCAGAGAGAUGUGCGUAGAAAAGGUGUACAAGGAAGAAAAGAUGACAAAAUGAUAAAGUGUAAUACGAGUAUAAAUGAUAAUGUGGAAGAAUCUCACAGCAGAGAAGAACACACAUUGUCAUUUGUUCAGAAAAGGAAAUCUAUUGACACUACGCAAGGGUUUUAUUUUGAGCCAUCACAAGAUUUUCAAAGCAGUUCUGGAACUAAAGAUAACCACAUCAGGAAUUUAUUACAAGCUGAGAACCCAAAUACAUCUCUUGGUGCAGUACCUGCCAGUGAAGACAGCUCCAGUAUCCAGACUUCACAGAAAAAUGCUUGCAUUACUAAUGGAAUGGAUAAAGAACUAAUUGAAAGAAACUCUGUUAGGAGGAAUAUUGAAGUAUCAAGUAGCACUCACAAGAAACCUAUGGUGUCUGUAUCCAUGGCAGCAAUUGCGGAGAUGAACCAAAAUACCCAUAAUUACCAUGACACUCAGGAAACUGAAAUGCAAUCUGAUUUUGUAUGCUCCAAAAAUAUAACUGCAGAUGAUAUUCAAGAGAUUCAAAGUUUAUUCAAUGAUCCUCCUCUUAAUGGUAAUACAGAUAUUAACAUUACGUCUGAAGAACUUGUCAUUGCUCCCUGUGCAAAAGUUGUUAGUCUCGAGCCUACCUUGAAAUCUUCAUGUCAAGAAGUUUUGGCUACGGGUAUUGCAGAAAGUGAACAUGAUGAAAUGUGCAGCGACAGUGACGACUCCACAGCUAUAGUGCCUUCAUCAGCUAAAAACUCUCUCAGUAAUGUCAGUUAUUCAGCUUUAGAGGAACUCACAGAAAAACAUGAUGAUAAUUCUUCAAAAGACAGUGAUGUGUCUACCGAACUCUUUGGCUUGGAUGAUGAGAAAACGGAUAAAAUGGACUUGACUAAGAAGCGUGGUAGUGUUAGCGAACAGAGUGAGUCAGCUGAGAGUGAAGUACUGAUCCACAGGUCAGUCCAGACCAUGACUAGGAAGCAUUAUCAAAUGCCUCGUGACUCACACAAGGAAGCAAUCAGCCUUCGAAGUCAAACGUCUUUUAAACAAAAGCCACAUUGCUCUAAGGAUGAAUACGGAAAAUCACCAAAAAUAGACGUAUAUGACUGUAUGAGCUCUUCGACACCAAGUGACCCAGCUUCAAGUAUAGACAGCUACUCUAGACGAUAUGACCGGACUUUCAAUCUCAAAGAUGGCUGCGUAUUUGGUGCAACAAGGCAAAGAAAAUCCACGUCAUACCUGUGUGCAGUUAAACAUUCAAAAAACAAGGAGCCAUACACAAUUCAAGAGGAUCUGAGAAUCGUGAGGUAUAUAGAUCGUAUGCGAGACUAUGAACGUGUUGGAGGCCGAGAACUGUGGCAAGAAAUGGAGUUACGUGAAGAAUUUUCAAAUCGAAGUUGGCACGGUUUGAAGGAGCGUUUCAGAAAAAGAAUAUUUCCUCGCCUUCAUACCUACCUGCAGUUUGGCCUCUCACAAGAUAUUGUAAGGCGCUUACAAGCUCGAAUACCUUUUCACCCAGAAUCAACCUCGAAGGUUAAUAACAAUUUAAGUCACCGACGCCCAUAUUCACAUAAGGAAGAAAAGUUAAUUGUGCAGUUUAUUGUCCGCACCAGGAGAUAUUCUGAGGUAUGUUACAUUAAUUUUGCUAGGGGAAAAUCAUCACCAUUUGUGUUAAGAACAUUUAGCUAUGCCAAUAUUUUAUUAGGUGAUUAAGUAUAUCAUCCAGCACUGAGUCUCUGAUGUUUCCACUGACGGUAGAAGGCUGUUACGGCCUCACUGAGGCAGUAACCGGGUUCUU